AAUAAAAAGCCAACCCAAAAAGAGCAUUUUCACUACAAAUUUUCCACACAAUUUGGUCAAGUUUGCAACUCCAUGCAUUUAGUACCACCCUUAACAAAUUUCAAAACUUCCAAUUUGCUUCAUCUUCUUCUCCAUUGUUGAAUUUCUUCCCCAAAUCUGCAGAAGUCUGAAUGCAUCACCAUAUCUUAUCUCCCAAAUCCCUAAUUUCUUCCAAUGUCUUCUUCCCCUCAAUCUCUCUCCUCCCUCCCACAAACCCUAAUUCCACCAUUCCUUCAUUUCCAUCAAAUUCGUCUAAAACCCUCAGAAAUUCGAUAGUUAAUUGCAAAGGGAUCGAAGUUUCAGUCCUAAAUAAUCUCCCCAAUUCGCUCAAUUCUUCCAGUACUAAUGACAAGUUGAGAAACGUAGGUGUUAAAGAUGUCGAUAUUGCGACGCUUGGAAACCUUUGCGUCGAUAUUGUUUUGAAUGUUCCUCAGCUUCCCCCGAAGCCUUUGCCUGAGAGGAAAGAUUACAUGGACUCCCUGUCUUCUUCUCCUCCUGAUAAGCAAUAUUGGGAAGCUGGUGGUCACUGUAAUACAGCUAUUGCAGCAGCCAGACUGGGACUGCGAUGCCUUGCAAUUGGUCAUGUGGGUAAUGAAAUCUACGGCAGUUUUCUUCAAGAUGUGCUACAAGAUGAGGGAGUCAGUUUUGUGGAAAUGGUUGAUGAUCUCCAAGCAGUUAGGAGUGAAACAGAAGCAUAUCAAACCCUCCUUUGCUGGGUUCUGGUGGAUCCUUUGCAUAGGCAUGGAUUUUGCAGCCGAGCAGAUUUCAGUGACGAGCCUGCUUUUAGUUGGAUAAAUGACCUGUCAAGGGAUGUAAGAUUGGCUAUCAAACAGUCAAAGAUUUUGGUGGUUAAUGGGUAUGGAUUUGAUGAGCUCUCCCCUGGUUUUAUAGUGUCUUCUUUGAAGUAUGCUAUAGAAGUUGGAACUUCUGUUUUCUUUGAUCCUGGACCAAAGGGAAAAUCUCUAUCUACCGGAACUCCUGAAGAACAAAUGGCACUUAAUGAGCUUUUGAAGAUGAGCGAUGUUCUUCUUCUAACUUCUGAUGAGGCUGAGUCAUUGACUGGCAUUGGGAAUCCGGUAUUAGCUGGGCAAGAGUUGCUCAAAAGGGGAUCAAGGACCAAAUGGGUCAUCAUCAAAAUGGGAUCGAAGGGUUCAAUACUCAUCACUUUGUCUGGAACAUCUUAUGCCCCAUCGUAUAAGGUGACGAUCAUUGACACUGUUGGGUGUGGGGAUAGUUUUGUAGCUGCGGUGGCAUUUGGUUUCGUGCACAAAAUGCCGAUGAUCCACACAUUAGCUAUAGCUAACGCAGUUGGCGCUGCCACGGCUAUGGGCUGUGGGGCCGGCAGGAACGUUGCAACCUUCACAAAAGCAAUGGAACUCAUCAAAGCCGGUGACCUAAAUGAAGAUGACAAGUUUUGGAGGGAUCUUCUUGAUAAAAUUACAGAGGUUCAGGAAUUUACUUUGCUCUCAAGGAACGUAGUAAACGAAAUAGAUAGUGCAUUGAAUUGCGUGCCAUUAGAAACGAUAAUUCCCGAAUUAACAAGUAAACUUGAAUUAGCAAAGUUGAUUACUACUAAUGUCUUCUCUUCUGAACCAUAGUUAUUAUUCUCUAGUACAUACCAUUUUGGUUGUUGGUUGGCAUUGCCCCCAUUCUUCACCCUUCUUCUCUCCAUCUUUUGUAGUCGAGGAGAGGCCGGUUGAAUUUUGGUUCAUUGUUCGUGAUCUAAUGGAUUACCGUGAAAUUGGUUCCUUGAUAGAGAUGAUAGCAGAGGGAGCAUUUUAGCGGAGUUACUGAAAUUUUUGUAACUAUUUGCAAAAGAAAUUGUAAAUUAUGUUGCUUGAAUGAAUUACUACAGUAUUCCUAAAAUUAGGGGUCUUUGCCACAUUGGUGAUUGGCAUAUUGGUGUAUAAAUUAUGGCAAUGUAUUUUGGAGUGUAUCGUAUAUGUAUCUUAUUUGCCCAAGCAUAUUUUUUUUAACAAUGUUAAUAUGUUAUAAUGUACUCAA